CAUCUCGGCCGUCUCCGAACCCUUAGCCUGCGCAGGCGCUGCCUUCUCCGCAUCUUUUGCAUCGCCGGACGCAUCUCUGCUCGUCGCCAUCGUGGUCGCUGGGGUCGAGGGCGGUGCGUGCGGUGCUCCCCCCGACGACGAGGACGACGAGGACGACUUGUGCCUGCCGACUUUCGCCACUAACGAGUGUACAGCAUUGUGCCCCUUUUUUCGUAUUGACGACCGCGAUGGACUGGAAUCUCGCUGCUCCUUGCCUGAACUUGGCUCAUCACCAGCAAUGCUAAGAUGUCUUCGGGAACUCGUUUGUGCGCCCAUAGCACGAUUGAAGUGGUGGAGACGGGGGCUUUGAAUGAGCUAGAUGUGCUCCACAGAACAAGGAUAUGGAUGUUGGUCAAGAGAUGUAGCCGAGUCAGCUCUUGCACGCUGUAUGGCUUUUAUAGCUUGUGUGGCACAACGUGACAAGACUUCACCAUGCAAGAAAUGCGUGCCGAUUGCUGGGAAGUGUCGUUGAGUGAUCCCUUCCCAACCUAUCGCCUGCCGCCUAGGGCUGUGCUCACUGCUUUCCGCUCCAUUAAUACUUGCCACUAACCAGGAUUUGACUCCGCUAUCCUGGAACUGUAUUUUCGUUGGACGUUGGUGCUCUGAAGCGAGCUUAUUACAGCAGUCAGGUACCUAACGGACUCAAACAUUCCGCUUACGGCUUUUGGAAGAUGCACAAGUAGGUACUAUAUUGACCUUAAUCGUCAUUGGAUGUUACGAAUUGACAUGCCAUUGCUCCGAAAUCCGCAGCGAGUUGCAUUGACUUCAUGGGUUCUUCCUUCACAGCGAAGGGUGUCAGUCCAACCGCGAGUUGUUUUUUCAUUUAGUGACGUCGGUUGAGCACGGCAUUCUCUUUGUGCAUGGCGGUGUCUCUUGUCACGUCAGCUGAUGCAUGGGCAAUGCAUCGUUGAUAUACGAUGGGCUUUGCUUUCGAACAGUGACCUGCUCUCUCACCAACUCUGUCACCGCGAUGCAGUCAACGUUGUCUUCAGCGUCCCCCCACAUGAUAACUCGCUCUUUGAGUGAUUUUGAGCUUCCUCGGCUUUCUUUACUUGCGCAGAACUCUUCAAAGAGUCUGGAAGGUUUCAGAUCUUCUCUCCCGUGUCCGUCGCUGCCCAUCGAGGUGUGGGAGUACGUACUCGAUGAACUGUACCAGGCAUUCUUGCCUAAGUAUUUCAAGAGCGAGCGACAAUGGAUGAAGACGCUAUGCGCAUGCUGCCUAACAUGUCGGGCCUGGCUUCCUCAUGCCCGCUAUCACCUCUACAACAAACUCAUCCUUGAGAGCAGAAGAAGGACUCAUUCUCUUGUACAAUCAUUGCAGAUCCAUGGUCCCGACAAUGCUAGACUUAUUCAGCAUCUUACCCUAAAUCUCUGUCGUGGUGCACAAGAGUUUGCUCCUCUGCUCUUGAUCAGAUAUCCCAAUCUCACUCAUUUGACUCUGCUCAAUCUCAGAGUACCCAAGCUUCAUGUCCAAUUCUUCAAGAUUAUCAGACUUCUGACAUCUGUUCAGAGUCUCUGUGUUAUGGCUAAUCAAAUCACUGUUACUCAGCUUAUCAGGCUUGUACAGAGCUUCGAUAGAGUUGCCAGGUUGACUGUUACCAUUUAUUAUCACAAGCCCUCAUCCUAUAGGCCCAUUCCUUCAAGAACAAAGCCCCUUUUGAAUUCUUUGCAACUGUCUGACCUGUAUGGACAGAGUGCCUCAUUUAUCUCUUGGCUAGCCAUUCAUACUCAUACACCAAGAACUUUGCAAAAACUUCACCUUAAAUUGCAAUAUAUUACUGAAGAGCUUAUUCAAGUUUAAAUACACUUUUGAGAAACUGUGAUACUUCUCUUCAGCAACUAUGAUUUGCAUCAUUACAUGAACUUCCAGAUGAAAGAUCUGAAGAUUAUGUUAUUGAUCUCAGCUAUAACAUCAAGCUACUAGAUCUAUGUUUAGCUUCAAGCAAUCAGGAUAUUCUCUGGUAUUAUCAAGCAUUUAUUUCACAGCUAACUGCACCUAGAGUUAUCUUACAUCUAACAUCAACUUCUGAUGAUCUUGAGUAUUGCAAACUCUUAGACUAUGGAAUAUAUAGAUCAAAAGUCAAGCAGAUCAGAGUUUACACCUCUAACAAAUAUGAUGACUAUAG